AGCUCCAACAGCAUCCACGUAGAUUAGCAAAGACAGACACAGAACAAAUACAUCUAUAGCUGGAUAGAAAGGUGGAAAGAACUUCAGCUAAAUACUAGUGAAAAAAUUUAAUGCGGUUCGAGUUCAGCACUUUGUGCUUUGUUUUUAGUCUGAAAGCCUUUUACUUGUGAUACAAUCAGAGAGCUUAAACUAUCCUGCAAAAGUUGCAGAAAAAAGAAAGGAAACCAACAUUCCAAAGGAAAAUGCAUAGCAUCUUACUAGUUUUGCUCUUGGCAUCUUCCUGCUCCAUGCUUCCAGUGAGACACAGCAGAUCAAGUCAGCCUAUGUCUUCGGCAGUGCCACAAGUAGCUCGUGAAGAUGAUGUCAACAUUCUUGCCUUUGGAGUGCUACAGUUUCGACAGUCUUUACAUGACAUGUACCAAAGCAUGACAAAAAAGUUAGCGUUCAUACGCAACUCCAUUGGCCUGUUCGAUACAAGGCUGCAAAACUUGAAAACACAGGCAGUGGUGAUCAAAGGGAAGACAGAAGAGCUGCGUAACACUGUAGAGACACUGAAAAUGGAGGAAAAGGAUAUGCAAAAUCGAGGCAAAGACAUCAACAACCUGAUGCAGAGUGUGCUACUGGGGCAUGUAACACUAAGAAACCAUGUGAAUAAUCUAGAGGAAGUCCUAAAGCAGACUGCAAGGACAGACUUGACAGAGGAAGAUCUGUACCUUAAAAGUUUAAAAGCUCACAGUGAAAAGCAGAUGAAGACGCUUGCUGGCUUGAAGAACUUGAUACAGUAUCAGCAACGAUUACUCGCAGAACAGACAAAGCAGCUAUCAUGGCUACAAGAUCGGGUUGACGCUAACAAACCUUGAUAAAGGAAGGUACCUGAAGACUUGCAGUUGAAAAGUGGCUUAACGUCUUUUAACUGCCAUACACAUUUGCAGUAACUCCUAAGAAGUGGAAGGACUAGCUUGUUCACUGAUAAUGGACUUCAGUCAAAAAGCGCCUUAUUGUUUGCCAUGAACAAAGUCAAAGAAGUGUGACAUGCUUCUUUGCAAGUCAUCAUUGCAGGCAAUGGUGACUUACGCUAUAACAAAUCAGCAACUCAGUGGAAUGCAGAAAACUGUUGCCAAGAUGUAUUACUUCUAUAGCAGAGAGAUACAACUGGGAAAAACAUUUAUUUGCCAAGACUUUUCCACCCCAUUACACCACCUGUAGUUGCUAGUCAAUCCUGUUAUUGUGGCACAAAAUUCUUCAAUACCUUCAUAUCACCAAAUGAAAAGAGGUGAAGCGAGUUAAUGUGGAAAUUUACAUCCACUGCACAUUACCCAUUCCUCAACCAAAUCAUGUUGUUUACAAGCUCAAACAUUUAGUUACACAGCAGAUAAAAGCAACUCUUCAAUUGAUGCCUGUAUGCUUUAACAGCUAAAUGAUGGGCAAUAAACUCUACUUACAUUAUCUGGCCCAUUUUAAAACACUUACAAUAGCAAUGUUGGUCCUAGCUUUGCAAACACUAUUUCACAUGCAAAAGUCUAGGAUUUGCCUUUAGUAAAUGAACACUCUCUGUUUUGGGAUGAAGCUGAAUGGGAAGGUAAACAAAAACAUACACUUUAUUAAUACAGAAUAAUCUGUAUUAAUUUACAAGUUAAACCAUGUAUUUAUUUUGUCUGUGACAUGUACCAGAUUUGCUUUGCUUAUAAUAAGUGUAAAUAAUAGACAGUCUGUGCAAAAGGAUCUAAUAUCUAACCAUUAAUGUAAAUGUAUAUAUUUAUUUGUUUUGUUUGUAUUUAAAUAAAGAAUAAAAACUGAAACUUUA